AUGGCGGCGGUGACCCACAAGCGCCCGGCGCCCAUGGGAGACUGCUGUCCCGCGGUGUCCGGCAAGACGAAGCGGGCGCGCUACGACCACGACCUGGGGAGCAUCUACAACUACAAGAAUCUCGAGACGCUCGGCGAGGGCACCUACGGCACCGUGGUGAAGGCGCAGGACGAGCGCACGGGCGAGACGGUGGCGGUCAAGUGGAUCCGCCCCGACGACGAGGGCGUGACCGACCUCGGCGCCGUCUUCCGCGAGGCCGCCUGCCUGGAGGCGUGCCGAGGCGACCCCUCGAUCGUGCAGAUGAAGGAAGUCGCCGCCGACGAGGUCACCGGUCACGUGUUCAUCGUGACGGAGUUCGUGGGGCCUAGCCUCGCGCGCCACCUCCCGCAUCGCUUCUCCGGCGCCGAGACCCGCGCGAUCAUGCGCCAGCUCCUGCGCGGCGCCGAGACGCUACACGGCGCGGGCAUGAUCCACCGCGACAUCAAGCCGGACAACGUCCUCGUCGGCCCCGGCGGCGCGCUGAAGAUCUGCGACCUCGGGAUGGCGGCGCGGACGAGGCCCGCGGGUGGUGAACCGUACCCGGAGGAGACCGUUGCCGCGCUGUGGUACCGCGCCCCAGAGCUGAUGAGGGGGUCCCGGUCCCGGCGGACCUAUGGCACCGCCGUGGACAUGUGGGCGUUGGGGUGCGUGAUGAUCGAGCUACUCAUCGGCGAGCCCCUGUUCAAGGACGCGGAGACGGAGGACGACGUCCUCCACCGGGCGCGUGACCUGCAGUACCAGAUGGAGUCUAUGACGGACCUGGCGUCAGAUUCCGAGUUCCUGCCUGAGCUGUCCAAGGCCGGGCGCGAGGUCCUGCAAGGCCUGCUCAGUUUGGUGCCAGAGAAGAGACUCACUGCGGCGGAUGCGCUCAGCCACCGGUGGUUCGAGGAGGAGGACGCGCCCCUGUCCCCUGUUCUACGUUCUCAGAAGGAUCAGCGUGGUUUCAUCACUUUCUUGUAG